AUGGCAUCCCCCGCCGAGGGCGAGCUGGGCAUCUGGCAGCGCACGGCCGCCGCCGGGGGCGCGGCCGUCCUCUCCGUGCUGGUCACAACGCCGCUGGACGUUGUCAAGAAUCGGAUGCAGGCGCAGCAGGCGGCUGUGGUGGAGAGGGAGUUCGCCCACGCGGCCUCGCAGGCCUCCUUCCUGUCUCCUGCUGCAUGCCACCCUGAUGUCUGUCUAAGAGUCACCAACCCUGGACUCUCAACACUUUGCGCUCCAAGUUGCAGUCUGUACGAGUCAACAUGGGAUGGUAUGAGGAAAAUCAUAAGACAGGAGGGUGCCGUGGGGCUGUGGCGGGGAACCAAUGCAGGCCUGUUGACAGCAGCACCCAUGGUGGGAAUGUAUCUCCCGAUGUACGAUUACAUCCUUCAGAGGCUGUCCCCUUUGGGGAUUUAUGCCCCUGUUGCUGCUGGCUGUGUGGCUCGGAUAAUCUCCAUGUUUUUCGUUGCACCUCUGGAUCUGUUGAGGACCCGAAUGCAAGUGGCCAGCAGCCUGCGCCGCUACGAUGGUGGUGGCAGCCACCAGGGGCCUGGCAGGCCACAGGGCGGGCAGCCAAGCUGGAAGGGGCAGUUUGAUUGGGGCCAGGGAGUGACUGGGCGCGUCCGAAUGAUGUGGCGAGGCUAUGGGGCCUCGGUCUUGCGGGAUGUGCCAUUUUCUGCAGUUUACUGGGGUCUCUUGGAGCCAAUGAGAUCUCACAUGCUUGCCAACCGGCACUCUGAGAGGCCCAGUCAAUUUGAUGUGUUGACAGCAAACGUUGUUGCAGGAUCCACAGCAGGAUCGCUGGCAGCUUUAGUUACCACGCCCUUUGACGUGGUGAAGACACGGCAGCAGGUGGCAGCCCAGUCAGGUGGCGCUGCCCAGCCGCCAGGCCUGUACCGUCUGCUGAUCGACAUCGGCCGGAAAGAGGGGCUUAGGGGCCUGUUCUCAGGUGUGGGCCCAAGGGUGGCGCGUGCUGCACCGGCCUGCGCCAUUGUCCUGUCGACAUACGAGACCCUGAAGACUGCGAUGCUGGAGGAGUGGGGAGGCCGGGAGGGUUGGACAGCGCGGCCAUAG